CUCAAGUCUCAACUCGAGAGACAUCAGCCAUGAGCAAGAGAGGCAGGGAUGUGUGGGACAUGGAGCUUGGAGGCCUGGACACGGCCCGCCUGCUCAUGCUCCUCGCGCAGCAGCACCAGCAGCACCACCACCAGCGCGCCGUCGCCGGGGCGGCGCAGGCCAUGGGCGGCGGCCGCGUGUUCGAGUGCAAGACGUGCAACCGGCAGUUUCCCACGUUCCAGGCGCUCGGGGGCCACCGCGCCAGCCACAAGCGCCCGAAGCUGCACGCGGUUGGCAACUCCGACGACGGCGCGGCGCUCUGCCUCGGCCGCCAGAUGCCCUCGGUGCCGCCGCAGCCGCCAAGGCCGAGGGUGCACGAGUGCCCCGUCUGCGGCCUCCAGUUCGCCGUCGGCCAGGCGCUGGGUGGGCACAUGCGCCGGCACCGUGUCGAGGCCGAGACCGCAGCCAGAGCGCCGAGCUGCGAGGCGGCGGCGACCAACACGGAGUUGGCGUCGUGCGACGCCGGCGGGAUCUGCCUGGACCUGAACCUGACGCCUUCGGAGAACUGCGCCAAGUGUAGGAACGUGGCGGGGCUCGGCGCUGCUACCGGGCAGGGUGUACAUAAGGCGCUGAGCGGGCACAUGCGACGGCACCGCGCCGAGGGCGAGGCCGAUGCCGAGGCCCACGAGCCGAGCGGGAAGGAAUGUUUGGAUAAGUUGGGAAAAAGACAACGAUACUUGCAACUAGAUCCUUGUUGUGUUAGAUUGGAAGAUACUGAUGUCUCUGUUUCAAUUUGUUGA